AGUAACAUGUAUCACAAUAUCAAAUUUGUAUAACGUGAAAAUCGAAGAAUGGACAAGAAUUUAGGGAAAUAUAAUUAGAUUGGUUUCCCUCAACUUCCUCUCUGCAGCGCCAUUCAUAGCAGCAUUUAAGUGUAUCCCCAGCCCUAACAUAACAACACUCAUUCCCUUCAUCCAUCCAAGUCACAAUAUUCAAAUUAUGUUGAUGUGCUCGCCCAUUAAUAGGACUUGUUGAGCUAUGGUAAAUGUGAAUAUGGAGAUAGAAAUAGCAGCAGCAGCUCCUGAUCUUUAUGGUGAGGGUGCAGGAAAUGUGGAGGUUGGGGGAGGAGCGGCCUUCUUCAUUUAGAAAUUUCUGCCAAAUCAAUAUCCCCACCUUCUGCCAAAUCAAUAUCUUACAACAGCCAAAUUCAUCUAGAAAUUUCUUGCAACUCUCAGCUUCUCACAAAGCUCCUUCUUCAUCCAUGAAGUGAAACGCAGCAGCCAUAGCUCGAUCCCGACAACAGCAAACCAAAACCAGGCCCCUAACAUCUGCCAAGUUCAUCAACCAAGGAGUACUUGUUGAGCUAUGGAAAAUGUGAAUAUGGAGAUAGAAAUAGCAGCAGCAGCAGCUCCUGAUCUUCACGGUGAGGGUGCAGGAGAUGUGGAGGUUGGGGGAGGAGCGGCCUUCCUAGCGUGGGAGGAUUUGACGGCGCUGCUCCCCAACUCCGGCAACGGGCCCACCAGAAGGCUCAUUAAUGGCUUAACUGGUUAUGCCCUUCCCGGCAGAAUCAUGGCUGUUAUGGGCCCUUCUGGCUCCGGCAAGUCCACUUUUCUUGAUUCUCUUGCAGGCAGGCUUUCAGGAAAUGUAGUAAUGUCCGGAAAUGUUAUUCUCAACGGAAAAAUAAGAAAGAGUCUUCACUACGGCAUUGUUGCUUAUGUAACCCAAGAAGAUGUGCUUCUGGGGACUCUGACAGUGAAAGAAACGAUAGCAUAUUCAGCAUCCCUGAGGCUGCCAAGCAACGUAACGAAAGACGAGAUGGCGGAAAUAAUACAAAACACGAUAGCAGAAUUGGGAUUGGAGGAUUGCGCCGAUCACCUGAUCGGAAACUGGCACCUAAGAGGCAUAAGUGGGGGCGAGAAGAAGCGGCUGAGCAUCGCCCUCGAGAUCAUAACACAGCCGCUUCUUCUCUUUCUUGAUGAGCCAACCAGUGGUCUCGACAGUGCCUCCGCUUUCUUCGUGGCUCAGGCUCUGAGAAACGUCGCGCGUCGCGGCAGGACCAUCAUCACCUCCAUUCACCAGCCUAGCAGUGAGGUUUUCUCUCUCUUUGAUGAUCUCUUACUGCUCUCCUCCGGCCAAACUAUCUACUUCGGAGAGGCUCAACCCGCACUUGAGUUCUUUGCUGAAGCGGGAUUUCCUUGUCCGCACACGAGGAGCCCUUCAGAUCAUUAUCUUCGCUGUAUUAACUCAGACUUCGAUUACAUAAACAAUGCAUUGAUGGGAUCGAAGAGAAUAAGAAAUAUAGAAGAUGUGUCUGGCCAAAAUAUGCAUUUAACAACAGCAGAGAUCAGAGCGAGGCUUCUCCACAAAUACCGAAAUUCGAAACUCGCCGGAAGAGUGCGAGCUAAGAUCAAAGAAUUAUCAGUUACUGAAGGAUUUGUUUAUGAGGAAAGUAGAGGGAGCCAUGCAACAUGGAUGAAGCAACUUAGAACAUUGAUAAAGCGAUCAUUCACAAACAUGUGUAGAGAUUUUGGGUAUUACUGGCUGCGUAUCCUAAUCUACAUAGUAGUAUCUCUUUGUGUGGGUUCAGUCUUCCACGAUAUUGGAUCUGGUUAUCACGCAAUUCUGGCUAGAGGAGCAUGUGGUGGAUUUGUGUCUGGGUUUAUGACUUUCAUGGCAAUUGGAGGCUUCCCAUCAUUCAUUGAAGAAAUUAAGGUAUUUUACAAAGAAAGGCUGAACGGACAUUAUGGUGUUGGGGUAUUUAUAGUAUCUAACUUCGUGUCUUCGUUUCCUUUCUUGGUUGUGAUGUCGUUGAGUUCAGUAUCCAUCACCUACUUCAUGGUGAAGUAUCACCCCGGCUUCUCCCACUUCAUGUACGCUUUCAUCGACCUUCUUCUCUCCAUCUCCGUCGUCGAGAGCUGCAUGAUGGUGGUUGCCGCCCUCGUCCCCAAUUUCUUGAUGGGAGUCGUUGUUGGCGCUGGUUUUAUUGGCAUCAUGAUGGCUACAGCUGGUUUUUUCCGGCUGCUUCCCGAUCUUCCAACGGUAUUCUGGAAAUAUCCCAUCUCCUACAUCAACUACAUGGCAUGGGCAUUACAGGGAGCUUAUAAAAACGACAUGAUCGGGAUGGAGUUCGACCCCCCGGAGCCGGGGCAGCCGAAACUGAAGGGGGAAGUAGUUCUAAGCUCAUUGCUGGGUAUACCGCUGCGGCACUCCAAAUGGUGGGAUUUGGGUGCCGUUGCAGCCAUUCUCGUAGCCUACAGACUGCUAUUCUUUUCAAUUCUCAAGUUGAAGGAGAGAGCCGUCCCGCUCUUUCAUCAUUACUAUACUAAGAGAACUCUUCACCAUCUCACCCGCCGCCCUUCCUUCCGAAACUUGCCGCUGCCGCCCUUCCCUUCCAAGAGGCAUCACGUCGUCCACUCCUUGUCUUCUCAAGAGGGCCUCAACUCUCCACUUCAUUGAUCUACUUAAUUAAUUACUACCAUUUUAUUCCUUUUUAUUAAUUACAUGUAACAUGUCCCACCUCACAUAAUAAUAUUUUAUUUUUCUAAUUAAUUACUUUAUCCAA